CAGAGCAGCCCCAUCCGUUUCCACCCUCCCACCGUAGCCGCAGCCAGGGAAUAUACACCCACACACACAUUCAAUCCAUCAUGCGUUUCCGCACCUCGAAGCUCGCGACUGCCGAACGCGGCGGGUAUUUGUCUACUGUGUCGGUAUUUCUAUUGUCGUCAAAUAGACCACAUUGCAGAUAUCUCCCCACAUCCGUCUGCCAUCGGACGUUGUACGACGUCUCGACGCCCAUAGAAUGGCAGAUCUUGCGCAUUGCACAGGCGAAGCCCUCCCCUUCAUCCUCUUCAUCCUGUCCAUCCUCUUCAUCCUCCUCCUGAAGACAGACAUUCACGAGCACGCACAGACAGGCAUUCACGAAGCUGGCUGGCUGACCUCGCCAGCUUCCUCCUCGUCCUCGUCUUCCUCCUCAUCCUCCGCUAGACUCACAUAGACUGGAGGGCUAAGGCCGUACAGCUUGUGCCGCGCUGACACAUUCACACAUAUACACAACAAAGACCCCGUAUAGGGAAGCUGUCGACCGGCGUGUGUACUCACGUUUCGACAGCUCCGUGCACAUGUCUUGGUAGAAUUGAGUGAAGGAGCGGCCGUCUUGGCAGCACGUCUCAUGCGCCUCCUGCAUGACAGCCAGCCGCCUGUCGAGGAUCCGAUCGGGAGGCCGCUUGUUGAGGAUGCGCCCCAGCUCCUCAACCAAUGCCUUGCCUCGCUGCACCUCGAGUUCCGACCCCCAGCCCCUCGUCUCAGGCAUACCAGGAUAGUACCCCUCAGCUGCCUCAACCGUCCUACCGGGCAGCUGAGCAAUGGCUUCAGCCGUCCAGCCAUCCCUCCAGCCACUGCCUACAGUAGUGAGUGCAUCGACGGCCAUCGUGACGUGAUGGACUGAGUGUGGUUGGUUUGUUGCCGACUUACUGUGAAGCGCUUGCUCGAGGAGCCCCCAGAACAGGAGAGGACAGUGAAGCCCGCCGACUUCACCUGCAAGUGAGUUGGUGGAUUGACACAAUCACAAUUCAUGUCAUGACUCUGCCUGCCGUUGCGCUGUGUGUUAAUGAAUCUUCCACCUCACCUGCAUAAGCGACGCGCCAGGCGUCAAUCAAGGCAUCCUUCUCCAGCACUAGUUGGCUGAGGUACUUCUCCGCUACAGUUACAGUACUAGUGGUCGUCCCUUCGCUGCUCAUGGCCAUUCUGUUCCUCAGACGACGCCGAGGGUUAUGGUGAGAGGUCCGCAGUGUGCGAGUGGGAGUGAAGGCGAGCACUGACGAGGGCAGGGCGAGGACGGGCAAAGUGAUGAGGCAGAACACCACUCGGGGGACAGAAAUCAUGAGUGAAGCGACGAAUGACGGGGACACCAUUUCCCACUGCAGCGGGCGAGUGAUGAAUCUGCCUAUAACAGCAUUCCCGACUGAUUUGGGAUUGCG